AACUAUGAACCUCCUCUUAGACAACAUGGCGCAUGUGUACAGCUGCACUGCAAAUAUAGACGAUACAUCCAGUUAGAUGGAAAAUAAUUAACUUAUGCUUACAUAAGUGUAGCACCUAAACUAGACUUCGGCGACAUUACCUAUCGAAUGCGGACGCUCGUGCGUGUUCACUUUGACCACAGCAUCAGACUCUGGUCUCCGCGCGCUGACAACUUUGCGCGAGCUCACCUGCUUACAAUGAAGACGAGAGAGCGUUUCAGGUCCUGAAUGUUCUUUUAGAGUUAGUUUCAAAUGAUUCGAUGUUUUGUUACUGCGGGUACCGUGUGUGAGGGUAUUGUGAGUUCUUUUAACUUGUUUUAGUUAAGAAAAGAGAAAUGUGACUGCGACCUAAACGAGACUUUUCAACUGAUGAAGAAAUGCUGCUCAACAUUACGAGAGAAAACCACACACCACUGCAUCAGGCGGAAAGGGAGAGAGAUAGACUCCCUCCAAUUUCCAGUCAUUCCAGCUCUGGACUUGAUCGUGGACCAAAGCUGCCAUAUCCAUCUCUCAACUUCAUCUCAAACCACAGAAAGGAGGAUGGUAGCCACAGCCUCUCCUCCCAGUUUAUCCUUCCUGGCAUACGGCAUGGUAUGGUCCGUCAUGGUAGAGAGCUUCCCCCCAUCUGUCCUAAUGUCAGACUGAAGCAUCAACAUCAACAUCGCAUCACUGUUGACAAUCUGCCUCCUGAGGUUAGGGCGCGCUUUGCCUCUGACCCAGUCAUGCCCCUCCGCACCAAGACUGUCAAAGAGUUUCAGGAAGACAUUGAGAGGGCAACAGUCUCAGGCGAUUGGAAACACGUCCACGAUUUCUACUUGACCACGUUCGGCUCCUUUUUAGAACUGAAUGCUGCCUUUAAGAAAGAUGCAAGCCCACCGUUCAACACGAUUGAAGACUCAGGAAUCAAUACCAAAUUCGUCAAUGCUGUCUAUGACGCAUUAUCGCACACGCCUCCUGAUGCCCAGAGAGCAGUGCUGAAGGGGAUCAUUAACAGCUUGUUGAGAGAAUGGAAGGGCAGUCGACGGACGAAGGAUGACCUGAGAGCGUAUUUCAUUCUAGUUCAGAACCCUCAGUGCACCAGCCCAGCCACAUAUGUCAUCUAUGCACACUUACUGAGGCAAAUAGCCGCGCUGGCGGAAGCAGACCACUAUUUCCUGAUGCACUGGUUUAAGAAGUUGUCCCAGAAGCGGUUCAAACAGCUGGUGGAGCGGCUGCACCUCUUCAUCUCCACCCGUCUGUUCCCAGUCAAGCCCGAGGAGCUGCCCCCCAUGGCCAAGUGCUCCUGGUGGAUCCCCUCCGCAACCAAGGUCCUCUCCCUCCUCAAUGCAGCAAAUAUCAUUUCUAGCACUCCUAUCCUGCCCUUUGUUGACUUCUACAACCCCACACUGGACCACACUGACUUCAUGGAAGACUAUCGAAUAUGGCAGACUCAGGGAAACUCUACCAGGUUUACAUUCUGCCAGUUCGCCUUCAUUCUGUCCACGGUGGUGAAGAAGGCCGUUAUCCAGAAGGACUCUGAACAGCAGAUGAUCAGCAUGGCCAGGCAAAGCCUGGUGGACAAAGUGUCUCGCAGACAGCGAGUGGACAUGAGCUUGCUCUUUCUCAACAUCAAAGUCCGACGGCUGCAGCUGGUCAGUGACUCAAUGGAUGAGCUGACUAGAAAUCGAGCAGACUUGAAGAAGAAGCUGAAAGUGUCGUUUGUGGGGGAGGCUGGUUUAGACAUGGGUGGUCUGACCAAGGAGUGGUUUCUCCUUCUCAUCCGACAGAUCUUUCACACAGACCACGGCAUGUUUACGUUCUUCAAGGAUUCCCACUGUCACUGGUUCAGCAGCUGGAAGUGUGACAACUACUCCGAGUUCCGAUUGGUCGGAGUCCUCAUGGGACUGGCCGUCUACAACAGCAUCACCCUGGACAUCAGCUUCCCCCCCUGUGUCUACAAGAAGCUGCUGACCCCGCCCGUGGUGCCGUGUGACCUCGAUCCCCCCGUUGGCAUGGCGACCCUCACACUGGACGACCUGCAGCAGGUCAUGCCUGAUCUUUCUCAUGGGCUGGCAGAACUUCUCAGCUAUGAAGGCAACGUGGAGGAGGACUUCUGUACUACUUUUCAGGUGUCGCAGGAAGAACUAGGUGUGAUCAAGUCCUACAAUCUGAAACCGGGAGGAGAUAAGAUUCCUGUCACCAACCAGAACAGGAAGGAGUAUGUCCAGCUGUACGUAGAUUUCCUGCUGAAUAAGUCCAUUUACAGGCAGUUUACUACCUUCUACUAUGGCUUCCACAGUGUGUGCGCCUCCGACGCUUUGAUGUUACUGAGGCCCGAGGAGGUGGAGAUCCUGGUGUGUGGCAGUCCCAACCUGGACAUGAGCUCUCUGCAGAAGGCAGCCCAGUACGAGGGCUACAGCAAGACUGACCCAACCAUCAGGGCGUUCUGGGACGUGGUGCUGGGCUUCCCUCUGAAGUUCCAGAAGAGGCUGCUCCACUUCUCAACAGGAAGUGACCGCGUCCCCGUGGGAGGAAUGGCCGACCUCAACUUCAAGAUCUCCAAGAUUGAUGCCUCCACCGACUGGUUGCCUAUAUCUCACACAUGUUUCAACCAGAUCUGCCUGCCACCAUACAAAAACAAAAAAGAACUGAAGCAGAAGUUAACUAUUGCCAUUUCAAAUGCGGAGGGAUUUGGACUGGAGUGAACUCAGAUAACGACAAUGGUUAAACUGCCAUUUAUCUUUGGUUCGUGGUCAGUAGGGUGUGUAUAUUUGAACAUGUUCAGACAUGCUACCAGUCAUCUCUCAGCCUCAGUAUUUCUUAACAAUAUACUUAACAAAUCUGUUUCUGUAGAAUAUUGAGUGAAAAGUUACAUUACAAGUAUAACCUUCAAAGCUCUCCCGUUUGUGCUAUAAAUACCUUUGCCUUUUGGAUAUCAAAAUGGACAUAGAAAAUGUUCUGCCCAGUCCAUUAACAAUGGAGUUGUUUAUUAAAGUAAGAGGUUGAAUGUAGGUCAGAGCAGGGCUGGGUUGGUCUGUGAUAAAAUAGUUAGACAAACAGUCUGCCAGUACUGUGGUGUCCGCUCUUAAAGUGACAGAGCCCAUCUCUCCUCCUGAACAGAGUUCCUGUACCGCCUCUCUUUGACAAAGGCCUUUUCAGGCCUAAGAUUUAAAUCAUUCCGAGUCUGAUGGUAAAUUAUGAACACAGAUAUUAUCUUGUUGGUAUUUAUACUAAUAUAUUUUGUUUUCAGAGGUCUCAGAAGUUUUGGAACAUUUGGAAGACGUUUCUGUUAUGUUGUUCGUGAGCAGAGUUUUUAGACGACCCUUUCUGGAUGUUUUCAUGUAGAGCAUGAAAGGAAAUCAAGCUUCGGUAAGGUUUUAUCAUGUUGGGGUGGCAGGUAGCCUAGUGGUUAGAGUGUUGGUCCAGUAACCGAGAGGUUGCUAGAUUGAAUCCCUGACCUGACAAGGUAACAAUCUGUCAUUCUGCCCCUGAACAAGGCAGUUAACCCACUGUUCCUAGGCCGUCGUUGUAAAUAAGAAUUUGUUCUUAACUGACUUGUCUAGUUUAAUAAAUAAAGAAAUACAGUAGUUGUGCUGGUAUAUGGCUUUUAUUGAUGUGGGGACUUACUGUGUACCUUGUUUGCUUACUCCCACAUUGUCGGUCAUGCCUCUCGGUACAGAUUACAUCUCUUGGUACAGUGGGCAUAUUGUAUGGAGAGGUAUGAAAUAGUUACAAAACACCAAUGAGAUCACGAUUGAUAUCAAGGCAAGUAUGAGUUUGUUGGACCUCACACACCUGCGGGUUAAAACGAUGAGACGGAUUCAUGAAAUGUACAGUAUCGGGAACUAUGUCAUGUGAUUUAAUGCUGUUGUAUAGGGAUAUUUUUUGUAAAGUGCUGACACUUGUGUGGUAGUUAGCUCGCUCAGGAUGUCCACAUUUCAUGGACUGUAUGAUUCUUCUAAAAUGAUCUUGAUAAUAAAAAUAAGGUGUUUGUUGAAAGAGA